ACAGUGCGAGCUGGUGGUAGACAUUUUCAAUACGGCUUCUGCUUCUGAAUGGAUGCAUCUUCCAGAUAACAAUUCGCUGAAAGGAGAUGCGAAGUAUUCCUAUUUGUAGAUAGACACGAUUUGGGACAUACCAUUAUCUGAUUCUCUUCAGUUGAGUUUGGCUGCAGCUUGAGGGCGCACCAUUUAGACUAGUUACCGGUAUAUUGCUGUCAUCAUAUUUGACAGUGUUAAAAAUCUGCACAGUCGCUCCAAGAAAUGACAGCAGGUACCAACAUGACAGACAUUGAAUCUGAUGCAAGUAAAGAAACGGUCGCUGCAGAGGAGACACCAAUGAAAGCAGAGGAAAAGCGCUCGGACGAUGCUGAGGAAAAGAACGAGAACGGGGAUAGUAAAGGAACCAUCCAAGAGCAGGUUCCCGUGGCUGUGGAGGAGCCCGAGUUCGUGCAUCCAGAAGGAGGAUGGGGUUGGGUGGUUAUGCUGGCUGCAAUGUGGUGCAAUGGAGCGGUGUUCGGGAUCCAGAACGCUUUUGGCAUCCUGUUCAUGUCCCUCCUGAAAGAAUUCGGCUCACCAACAGAUGACGACCUCAGGUUUAAAACCGCUUGGGUGGGCUCUCUCUCCAUGGGGAUGAUCUUCUUCUGUUCUCCCAUCGUCAGCGUCUUCACAGACUUGCUGGGCUGCAGGGUGACAGCUGUGGGCGGCGCCGCCGUGGGCCUGGUGGGACUGCUGGCCAGCUCCUUCGUCACGUCCCUGGGUCCCAUGUACUUCACCUACGGCAUCGUGUUCGCCACCGGCUGCUCCUUCGCCUACCAGCCCAGCCUGGUGAUCCUGGGACAUUACUUCAAGAAGCGCCUGGGCCUGGUCAACGGCAUCGUGACGGCCGGCAGCUCUGCCUUCACCGUCACCCUGCCCUUCCUCCUGUCCGGCCUGCUGGAGAAGGUGGGCCUGCAGAACACCAUGAGGCUCCUCAGCAUCCUCAUGUUCAUCCUCAUGCUGGCUGGGUUAACCUACACUCCCCUGCUGCCCAAGCCUGUCAGCAGCAACAAGCCAGGCAGCCGCUGCCCGCCCAUGAGCAAGGUGUUCAACGUCAACAUCUGGAAGUCUCUGGGCUACCGGAUCUGGGCCUUCGGCAUCCCGGCAGCUCUCUACGGAUACUUUGUGCCUUACGUUCACCUGAUGAAGCAUGUUGAGGAGCGCUUCGGAGAAGACGCCAACAAGGAGGUUCUGCUCAUGUGCAUCGGCGUCACGUCCGGCGUGGGCCGCCUCAUCUUCGGCCGGGUGGCUGACUACGUACAGGGAGUUAACAAAGUCUACCUGCAGGUGUCUUCGUUUAUCGUCAUCGGCGUGAUGUCCAUGAUGAUCCCUCUGUGUCAUGUGUUCGGGGGGCUGAUCGCGGUGUGUCUGCUCAUGGGCCUGUUCGACGGCUGUUUCAUCUGCAUCAUGGCCCCCAUCGCCUUCGAGCUGGUGGGCUCUCAGAACGUGUCCCAGGCCAUCGGCUUCCUGCUGGGCAUGAUGUCUGUGCCCAUGACCGUGGGGCCUCCUAUUGCAGGGUUCCUGAGGGACAGGCUGGGGAGUUAUGACGUGGCCUUCUAUUUGGCUGGUAUCCCGCCUAUCGUCGGUGGGGCCGUGCUGUGUCUGAUCCCCUGGGUGGAGGCUAGACGUAUCAGGAGAGAGCAGGAGGAGGCAGCCAAAGAUGGCACCCAGGAGCAGAUGCUGGAGUUCAAGAGGAACAGUGGGGGUCAGGGAGAUGCACUAGCAGUGAAGACCGCAACCCCCGAAUCUGUCAUCUAAGUCUCCCAAAACACACUCAAAACAAAGAUGCACCUUGACAUAUUCACAUUCAUAUUCACUCACAGGAACUUGGAACUGCUGAUUUAUUGUAUUUUUGUAUGAAACAAGUAUAGAUUAAAUAUGUAUUGACCCGUGUAUGUGUAAACAAUAUUUUAAUGGCUGCUUUUGCAGGAGAAUGUGGGGCAAAUGCUGAAGUAAUACUACAUAUCAGUUAUACACAUAGAUACUCAACAAACACAAUUGAACAUGAAGGUGAUCUUGAAGAGCUAUGCAUCUGAUUGUUUUCCAAUCUUGCAGCUGUUGAAUUAACUUGAAGGUUAAAAUGGAAAAUGAGAAUCUCACUUGUUUUAAUAUUUCUUACAAGGGAACGCACACUUUACUUGGGUGCUCUUUGAAGUCUGCAACUACUUAUUUACAUGAGAAUAAGCAGUGGCCAGCCUCGCUAGAAAAUUCCCUCGUUUUCGAUGUGCAUUUAAAAAAAAUAAUUUUAAGGAUCAUUCUCGUCAUUGCCGAGAAAUGUUCAAUACAAGCUUGAAUAUAGUUUUUAGGCUUUGCAGAAUUUUGAAAAGAAAAACAAACUAGAUUUAUUGGGUUUGUUGAAAAAUAUAUAUUUCCAAUAAACGCUAGGGACAUAUAAUUAACCAUAUAUGGUAAAAGAAACUGUAAUAUAUCUAAGUUUAAAA